GACGCCCCUCCCAUUUUCCUCACACCGCCUUUAACCGAAGCGGAAGCAGCACUUACGUCGCCUAGUCUUCCGGUUCGCAAGCUCCGGAAGCCGUACUAGUUGGCUCUCCUGGUAGAUCUCUAAUCACCAUGGUGCUGGCUGUCUUGCGCGUCCUGGAACCCUUCCCGACCGAGACGUCCCCUUUGGUAGUACUGCUGCCGCCCGGGGACCCAUGGCCUGCUGCGGGGCUGGGCCUGGUUCUGGCCCUUCGGCCUGCAGGAGAGAGUCCAGCAGGGCCGGCUCUGUUAGUGGCUGCCCUGGAACGGCCAGGUGCUGAGACUGAGGAGCAAGGUCCUGGGCCCCCGCAGCUGCUGGUUAGCCGCGCACUGUUGCGGCUCCUAGCACUGGGACCCGGGGCUCAGGUGCGGGCGCGGCCCGUGCGACGGCCCCCGGCCCUGGGCUGGGCACUGCUUGGCACCUCACCGGGGCCUGGGCUCGGACCACGAGUCGGUCCUCUGCUAGUGAGGCGUGGAGAGACCCUGCCGGUGCCGGGGCCCCGGGUGUUGGAGACGCGGCCGGUGUUGCAAGGGCUGCUGGGCCCGGGGACGCGGCUGGCUGUAACUGAGCUCCGCGGGCGGAACAGACUGUGCCCAGGGACUGGGGAUAAUAGCCGGCCCCCGCCGCCGCCGGUGGUGUCCUCCUUCGCUGUUUCCGGCACAGUCCGGCAACUCCGAGGAGUUUUGGGAGGGACUGGAGAUGCACUGGGGGUGAGCCGGAGCUGUCUCCGUGGUCUCAGCCUCUUCCAGGGCGAGUGGGUGUGGGUAACCCGGGCCGGAGAGUUAUCGAACACUUCUCAGCCGCACUUAGCCACGGUGCAGGUCCUGCAGCCUCGCUGGGACCUGUCUGAGAGACUGGGACCCAGCUCCGUGCAGCUGGCAGAGCCGCUCGCUGACCGAACGGCUCUCGUGCCUGCCACUCUGGCUUUUAAUCUCGGCUGUGACCCCAUGGACGUGGGAGAGCUCAAGAUUCAGAGAUACUUGGAAGGCUCCAUCACCCCCGAAGACAAAGGAAGCUGCUCAUUGCUGCCUAGGCCUCCAUUUGCCAGAGAGUUACACAUCGAAAUUGUGUCCUCUCCCCACUACAGCACUAAUGGAAGUUAUGACCAUGCUCUUUACCAGCACUUUCAGACACCCAGGGUGGUACAGGAAGGGGAUGUUCUGUGUGUGCCAACGUUCGGGCAAGUCGAGAUCCUGGAAGGAAAUCCAGAGAAGCUGCCCAGGUGGCGGGAAAUGUUUUUUAAAGUGAAGAAAACAAUUGGGGAUGCUCCAGAUGAACCAAUCAGGGCUUACUUGGCUGAUACCACCCAUACCUCCUUAUACAUGGUGGGUUCUACCUUGAGCCCUGUCCCAAUGCUUCCUUCAGGAGAAUCCACUCUCUGGAAUAGCUUGUCUCCUCCGGGUCUGGAGCCCUUGGUGACUGAGCUUUGUACUGCUCUGAAGCCGCGCCUUCAGCCAGGGGGAUCCCUACUGACAGGAACUGGCUGUGUCCUUCUAUGGGGCCCACCAGGCAGUGGGAAGACAACAGCAGUCGCAGCUGCCUGUAGUCGCCUUGGGCUCCACUUUCUGAAGGUGCCCUGCUCCAGCCUCUGUGCAGGCAGCAGUGGGGCUGUGGAGGCAAAACUUCAGGCCACCUUCUCCCAGGCACGCCGCUGCCGGCCUGUAGUGCUAUUGCUGACAGCUGUGGAUCUUCUGGGCCGGGACCGUGAUGGGCUGGGUGAGGAUGCCCGUGUGGUGGCCACACUGCGUCACCUCCUCCUCAAUGAGGACCCCCUAAGCAGUUGCCCUCCCCUGAUGGUUGUGGCCACCACAAGCCGGGCCCAGGACCUGCCUGCUGAUGUGCAGACAGCAUUUCCUCAUGAGCUAGAGGUGCCUGUGCUCUCAGAGGGGCAACGGCUCAGCAUCCUGCAGGCCCUCACCACCCACCUGCCCCUGGGCCAAGAGGUGAACCUGGCCCAGCUAGCACGGCGGUGUGCAGGCUUUGUGGUAGGAGAUCUCUGUGCCCUUCUGACUCACAGCAGCCGAGCAGCCUGCACCAGGAUCAAGAAUUCAGGUGUGGCAGGCAGCUGGAGCGAGGAGGAUGAGGGGGAGCUGUGCACUGCUGGCUUCCCCCUUCUGGCUGAGGACUUUGGGCAGGCACUGGAGCAACUUCAGACAGCUCAUUCCCAGUCUGUGGGAGCACCCAAGAUUCCCUCAGUGUCCUGGCAUGAUGUGGGCGGGCUACAGGAGGUGAAAAAGGAGAUUCUGGAGACCAUCCAGCUCCCUCUAGAGCACCCUGAGCUCCUGAGCCUGGGCCUAAGACGUUCGGGCCUCCUGCUCCACGGGCCCCCUGGCACAGGCAAGACCCUCCUUGCCAAGGCAGUAGCCACUGAAUGCAGCCUUACCUUCCUCAGUGUGAAGGGGCCAGAACUCAUCAACAUGUACGUGGGCCAAAGUGAGGAAAAUGUACGAGAAGUCUUUUCCAGGGCCAGGGCUGCUGCUCCAUGUAUCAUUUUCUUUGAUGAACUGGAUUCCUUGGCCCCCAGUCGGGGGCGAAGUGGAGACUCUGGAGGAGUGAUGGACAGGGUGGUGUCUCAGCUACUGGCUGAGCUGGAUGGACUUCAUAGCACUCGGGAUGUGUUUGUGAUUGGUGCCACCAACCGACCAGACCUCUUGGACCCUGCCCUUCUACGGCCUGGCAGGUUUGAUAAGCUGGUGUUUGUGGGGGCAAAUGAGGAUCGGGCCUCCCAGCUUCGUGUCCUAAGUGCCAUCACACGCAAGUUCAAGCUAGAGCCCUCCGUGAGCCUGGUGAAUGUGCUGGAUUGCUGCCCUCCCCAACUGACGGGGGCAGACCUCUAUUCUCUUUGCUCUGAUGCCAUGACAACUGCACUCAAACGCAAGGUUCACAACCUGGAGGAAGGGCUGGAAUUGGCGAGCUCAGCACUGUUGCUUACCAUGGAGGACCUGCUACAGGCCGCCACCCGCUUGCAACCCUCAGUCAGUGAGCAGGAGCUGCUCCGCUACAAGCACAUCCAGCACAAGUUUGCUGCCUGCUAGGAGCUGCCUGCAGCCUGGGACUGCCCAUACUGGCAAAAGGUACCUAGAUGGCCUCUCAGAGAGACCUGAGAUGAAAGGGUUCCUCUUCAGGCUAUGCUGACCCCCUGAAGGCUGCCUCCCUCCAGGAGACACCCUGGGUGCAGUGUGGCCUUACCCCAAUGUCUCCUCUUUGCCCCUCCUUCCAGGCCAGCUUUAAGAUGGGCCCACCUGCUGAGGAGGGCCAGGGACUAUCUAUCCGGGGAUUGGCCCUGAAGUCAUUUAUGGCAGAAAAUAAAGUACAUGCUGACCUCUGCUGGUGUUGUGAAAAGUUGGAGUGGGGAAGAGCAAGGUUGUGGGAGGAGUGAGCCUAGGGAAGUGGGCGCGGGCACUCUGGGGGCCUGUUCCUUCAGACAUAAACACAAGACUUAGGGAAUUAAAAGGCACAAAUUGUAUUGUUUAUUCUUUUUUUUUUUUUUUUUCCUGAACCCACAUCCAUGAACCUCAACUGCAGUGUCUCUGUACUAGGGUUGGGCUUGGUAUGGGGCCAUGGAUCCCUACCUUCCCAGAGCCUGGAGUACCUAGGCAGGGGAUCAUGGGAGGCAAGACCACCUUCAUUCUGUCUUCUUGAGCACGUGGAUGAAGUAGCAGGGAAUGUAGGUCUGGCCCGGCUUGUAAGGCUUGAAGUCACCCAGGAUGCUGUGUUGGCACUUGCCCCCAAAGGCUGCUUGGAGCAACUCCGUGAAGGACGCCAGACAGUGUGGGUAGUAGGAGAGCCGGAAUUUACUGCAACAGGCGCCCCCCAUCAACCAUGAGGACCAGUGGCCUCAAGCUUUCCCCACUACUACCUCACCCCUGCCAGGCCAAGCAGUACCUGAAGCUAGGAGAACCAUCCCGGCCAGCGUCCGUCACCUGCACUGUGUAGUCCAGGGUCACCAUGUGGGCUUUGUUAUUCACUGUUAGCACUGAUGUCGUGAUGUCCUUGGUCGAGUCACUCUAUAGGCAGUGGCGUAAGCUACAUUAACUCACUAUGGAGCCAGAGGACCCCAGGCUCACACCUUCCAUUUGGGGCCUGCCCUUCCCUGGUGGACCACACCUUGUAGUAGAUGUUCUUCCCUGGGGGUGCACAACCUGUGCUCAGGAUGUGGUCAUAGUUGCGAUGAUCAAUGACUAGCAGGCCCCCUGACCGCACCAUGCUUGCAAUGUUCUUCAGUGCCUGCCGAUGCUCACUCUGGUCACCUGGACUCCAGCAAGGGCAGAGAGGCUCCAUCUGGACAGGGCCCCUGGCACCAUUCUCCCUCCUAUUUCUCCCCUCCCAGAUGCCAGUACCAAGGCAGAGGGGCCAAAAGGCAAAGUCAUCUUUGUCAGGGGAGCAGGCACCCAGGAGUCUGUGGAAAGGGGUAGAGCUCAAGGCAAGUGACGUGCCCAAGAUCACACCUCUCACCUUUGCAGUCUGGCAAAUGGGCAAAACUGUUUCCAAGACAGAUGACUGCAUCGAAGCCACCUCCUGCUGGUCGGGGCACAUCUUUAUCCAGAGUCAUCCAGUUGGCUUCUUCAAUGACUGGGGGCCAAGAAGGAGAAGGAAUUAGAGUGGCAUCAUGGUACCUGCACUGUCCACCUCCGCCAAGUGCAAUUCUCCAUCACUUUCUUCUUCAAAACACAGAGUCCCCAUCCAGUUAGAGGAACAUGGAGAUUAAGAAGAGAGGGGAGAGCCAUUUUGGGGAACAGGGGCUCUGUUUAUGUAUUUUUAUUUGGGAAGAGGGACAAGAUGCUAUAAGUAGUUAAAACUAGUCUUUCAGAGCUAGGUGUGGUGAUGCACACCUGUAGAAUCAUCUACUCAGCAGGCUGGAGGCAAGGAAGACCAGACUGUGCAACAGACUCCAUCUCAAAAAGGGUAGGGAGUACUGCAAGUACAGCUCUUUGUAGAACUCAUGCAUAACAUGCCCAAGGCCCUGGGUUCAACCCCAGCACCAGAAACAAACUAGCUCUUGACCCCAGUAGCUCAUUCUGAUACUUAAGCCUGUCUUUAGGAAAAUGACAGUAACAUUGUUAUCUCCUGAGGAAAACAAAAUACCCCAAACCACCCCAUGUAAAGGAGCUCAGGGAAGAGAGACCAGUGUUCCUGGGAAUGUCGUCAGGAAGGCCUGGCUAGGUUUACAUACCCCACUUGUCAAAUGCAGGCUCCUGCCGUCGGUUCCAGCGCUCCUUAAGUGCAUACUUCAGCAUCUUGUCACUGGCGUCCACACUCGUCACACUGAAACCCUCUUCCACCAGCAUGAUGGAGUCCACCCUGAGCAGGGCCAGGGAUGGGAGGCCAAGAAAAACAGGAGAGUCUAGGAUGCCAAGGCAGCCCUGCGCAAGGCACUUCCCUCAACUCUUCAGAGUCUAUUUCUCUGCCUCUUCUCCCAGACCCUCCCCAUUGACCUAAAAUGACCCCAGAAAUCUGUACUGUGGAUUGUAAUUAGGGGUUCUAUACUACUGAGCUAUAUCCCCAGACCUUUUUAUUUUCUGAGUCAGUGUAUUGCUAAGUUGCCCGGGCUGGCCUUGAAUUUUUGAUCCUCCUGCCUCAGCCUUUCAAAUACCUGGGAUUACAAGCAUGUCCUACCAAAUCUGGAAUAAAUCUGUUUUUUUUUGUU